GCCCGCCGGCUCCCGCCGCGCCCCGUCCGCGCCGCCGCCAGCCAUGAGCUCCACGCAGUUCAACAAGGGGCCGUCGUACGGACUCUCGGCCGAAGUCAAGAACCGGCUCCUGUCCAAAUAUGACCCCCAGAAGGAGGCUGAGCUCCGCAGCUGGAUCGAAGGGCUCACGGGCCUCUCCAUCGGCCCCGACUUCCAGAAGGGUCUGAAGGACGGGGUGAUCUUGUGCACACUCAUGAACAAGCUGCAGCCGGGCUCGGUCUCCAAGAUCAACCGCUCCAUGCAGAACUGGCACCAGCUAGAAAACCUCUCCAACUUCAUCAAGGCCAUGGUCAACUACGGCAUGAACCCUGUGGACCUGUUUGAGGCUAACGACUUGUUCGAGAGUGGGAACAUGACACAGGUCCAGGUGUCGCUUCUCGCACUGGCAGGGAAGGCUAAGACAAAAGGGCUGCAGAGUGGCGUGGACAUCGGGGUCAAGUACUCGGAGAAGCAGCAGCGGAACUUCGAUGAUGCCACCAUGAAGGCCGGCCAGUGUGUCAUUGGGCUGCAGAUGGGCACCAACAAAUGUGCCAGCCAGUCCGGUAUGACAGCCUAUGGCACCAGGCGGCAUCUCUACGACCCCAAGAACCACAUCCUGCCCCCCAUGGACCACUCCACCAUCAGCCUUCAGAUGGGCACAAACAAGUGUGCCAGUCAGGUGGGCAUGACGGCUCCGGGGACCCGGCGACAUAUCUAUGACACCAAGCUGGGGACAGACAAGUGUGACAACUCCUCCAUGUCCCUGCAGAUGGGUUACACACAGGGUGCCAAUCAGAGUGGCCAGGUCUUUGGUCUGGGCCGCCAGAUAUAUGAUCCCAAGUAUUGCCCGCAAGGCUCUGCGGCAGAUGGCGCUCCACCUGGUGCCAAUGACUACCCCAGGGAGGCCUCAGAAUAUGUGCCCUACUACCAGGAGGAGGCCGGCUACUGAAGCACCCCAGAAUGCCAACUCCCCAUUGCAGUACCCUGUCUGGGGCUUGGGGUUUUUAUGGGUGUAGCUUUCCCUUUUCUCAUUCUUUUUUAAACAUUUAGUACCGCCCGUGGAGGGUCUGUGGGUGAUUGGGGCUGCUUUGACCCAUUCUGACAGGACUUCCUUUGCAGGACUGAGCCCUGGGUAGAUGUGAGGGGUCCAUGGGUGGGGCAUGUUACCUGGCAGCAAAUUUCCCAGAAUGCUCUAAGACAGAGCCAGUUAGGGACCAGCCCUCAAAUGACUUCCUGUUUCUUCCUCUCUUGAUCAACUUCUCUUGAUCAACUUGUGGUUUCUAUUGGGCAGAAGUUUCAAAGUAGUUUUAAGGAAAGGAAACUGUGUGUGUGUGUGUGUGUGUGUGUGUGUGUGUGUGUGUGUGUGUGUGUGUGUGUGUGUGUGUGUGCGCGCACGC